ACAACCAAAUACCCAACAGACCGACCCACAUACUACAUUGAUCAGAGAACCUCAGACGAGAAAGGUGACUACUAAAAUAUAAAGUUAAAAUCAAAUUAAGUAAAAUGGGCGAGAACAUCGAGAACAUCAUCUGGACGAUCAAGAACGGCGAGUUUGAGGCCGUUAAGAAGGCGUUCCUGGGCCAGCCCGAGUCAGAGACAGAAUCGGGCUCGGAUGCCGGGUUCAAGCCCCGAAACGUAAACGAUCCGAUGGGUGUACGAUUUCCGUUGCACUAUGCCGCCGAUUUUGGGCAGCUGAAGCUCCUCAAGUUCUUCGUGCAUAUGGGGGCUGAGGUGGACCGCAAGGACAAGUACGGCAUAACGCCGCUCCUGGCCGCCAUUUGGGAGGGUCACACCGGGUGCGUUGAGUUUCUGCUGCAGGUGGGCGCUAGCCGGACGGAGCGCACUCCGGGUGGACAGAGCUAUGUGGAGGUGGCCGAGCAGGAGGACAUUCGCCGCCUCUUGGCGCGUCCUGAAAGCCAAGUGCCAAAAUAAAAGAAUAGGUAUAGGG